AUUCUGGAUGACAUUGAUAAAUGAAAAUUAAAAAUUAUUCUUUUAAUUUUUCAUUAUACGUUUAUUGUUAUUGUUUGAAAGUUAUUCAAAUGAAUAUUUAAAUUCAAAAUGAGAACCCGCAGUAAUUCUGGGGUUCGACUUGAUUAUUAUCAAAGAGUCGUACAUAAACUAAUUUUAGACCAUCAGCAACCAGUAACGGGAUUGUUUCCAGCUAGCCCACAUAAUGAUCAUGCUUGGAUCAGGGAUAAUUUAUAUUGUAUAUUGGCAGUAUGGGGACUAUCGAUGGCCUUCAAGAAAAUUGCUGAUCAAGACGAAGACCGUGCUAAAACGUAUGAGUUAGAACAAAGCUGCGUUAAGCUAAUGAGAGGGCUUCUAAUGGCUAUGAUGCAACAAAAAGAUAAAGUAGAGAAGUUCAAAAGCUCACAGAACCCACUUGAUUCGCUUCAUGCCAAAUAUUCAUCAGCUACAGGCCGUACUGUUGUUAAGGAUAAUGAAUGGGGUCAUUUACAAAUUGAUGCCAUAUCACUGUAUUUGUUAAUCUUAGCUCAAAUGACUGCUUCAGGACUGCAGAUUGUUUUCUCACUUGAUGAAGUUGCAUUUAUACAGAAUUUAGUAUUCUACAUUGAAUCAGCAUAUUGUACACCUGACUAUGGCAUUUGGGAGAGGGGUGAUAAAACUAACCAUGGCCUACCAGAAUUAAAUGCUAGUUCUAUUGGAAUGGCCAAAGCUGCUCUUGAAGCUAUGAAUGAAUUAGAUUUAUUUGGUGCUCGAGGUGGACCCUCUAGUGUAAUUCAUGUACUGGCUGAUGAAGCUCAGAAGUGUCAGGCUGUGCUACAGUCCAUGUUGCCAAGAGAAUCCAAUAGCAAAGAACUUGAUUCUGGCUUGUUGUCAAUUAUUAGCUAUCCAGCAUUUGCUGUUGAUGAUCCACAGUUAAUUGCUAGGACUAGAGAAACAAUAGUGACAAAACUCCAAGGCAAAUAUGGGUGUAAAAGGUUUCUUCGAGAUGGCCACAAAACUCCUAGAGAAGAUCCUAACAGAUUGUAUUAUGAACCAUGGGAGCUAAGAAUGUUUGAGAACAUUGAGUGUGAGUGGCCAUUGUUCUUUUGUUACCUUAUUCUUGACUACUGUUUCCAAGGUGAUAAAGCUAAUGUUAGUGACUAUAAUCACAAAUUAGAAAAAAUCAUGAUAAGGAAAGAUGAUGGAAUAAAACUGGUGCCAGAGCUAUAUUCUGUACCACCUGAUAAAGCUAAUCAGGAGCAAUGUGACCCAGGUAGCCAGGAGCGCAUACCUUUAGGUCGAUGCCCUUUCAUUUGGGCACAGUCAUUGUAUAUUCUUGGGAAAUUGUUACAAGAGGGUUUCUUAGCUGUAGGUGAACUGGAUCCACUUAACAGGCGACUUUGUUCAGAAAAAAAACCUGAUGUUGUUGUCCAGAUAGUAAUAUUGGCGGAGGAUAAUGAAAUAAGGGAUAAAUUAUUAGAAUAUGAUCUACAUGUACAAACUAUUAGUGAAGUUGCACCUAUUGAAGUUCAACCUGCCCGAGUUUUAAGUCACCUUUACACAUAUUUGGGUAGGAACAAAAAAUUGGGUUUAUCUGGAAGAAAGUCUCGUGAUGUAGGAAUACUCAGUACUAGUAAAUUGUAUUCAAUAAAUGAUCGCAUAUUUGCUUUUACGCCUCAGUUUUCUGAUAUGAAACGUUUCUACAUUGCUUCUGACUAUGAAUUGAUGGUUGAUAUACUCAAAGCAGAAAUUAAUUUCUUGAAGUCUUCUUGGCAAAACCUUCUUGGGCGGCCUCUUGUUGUUUUGACAUUGAAUCAAACGUAUUUAGAUCAAGGCAAGAUACCAAUGGCUAUGAUAACAACUAUGAAGAAACUGAAGUCGGGAUAUAUUAACGGCACUCGGGUAACACUCGGGAAUCUGGGAGAUUUUCUCAGUACGUCUGCCAUAACGAACUUGAGUUUCCUCGGCAGCCAAGAGGACGGUUACCCUGAUAAGCUCAAUCCUCAAGUGCAGAGCUACCUAGAAGAACAUCUGUUGAAAUCAUUCAGUAACAAGGUGUCGGUGCUAUCAAAACCGAUGGCGGCGCGCGGCCGUUCUAUGCGUCGGCGCAUGUCCGUCCGGGGCGCCAUCAAAAAGACGCGCUCUAUCAACGUCGAUUCGGAAACUCUUGGCAUGGAAGGCGAAUAUGUCGGCCCACCAGUCGAGAGAAAACCAUCAUGGCUGGAAGUGGACCCCGCGCAAGCAUUCGGACGCAGCCCGUCGCCAGAGGAUAAGAAAAAGGCCUCCACCAAUGACCCAUCAACUACAAUUUCGGGCGUCGAAUCCGGAAUGGAGGAGAAAGCUCCAUCGCCACCAAAAGAAGUGAAUAAGAACAUCCCCAUAAUAGUUCGCAACCGUCCUACAUCUGAAUCUCAGAACUUGUUGUACGCUGAGGCGGAAACCGACGAACUAAUGGCUAUGCUCCGAGAAACGGAAAGCUUGGAUGAGCAGGGAGAUAUCUUGCAAUACUUGGUCGACACGCAGGGACUUGACUUCAACACGGGCAUGUUAGAAAACGGCAAAGUGGUGACUGUAAAAGACUUACUAAAGGCUCUAUAUGAGAAAGCGUGCACUCAAAAGUUAUGGGGACUAGUCAGGCAUACUGCUGGCAUGCUUGGCAAGCGAGUGGAGGAUCUAGCUAAAGCUGUCACCGAUCUGCUUGUACGUCAAAAGCAGAUUACCGUUGGAAUGCCACCCAACAAUGAGCAUACAAUUACAGCCCCACUGCCCGAGAACGAGUUGAGACAGCUUAUUCACCUGGCUUACGGAGACGACGAGAGCACAGCGAUGUUGACGCAAGAGUUGUUGGUAUAUUUGGCCAUGUUUAUCCGUACUGAACCUCAGUUGUUCCUAGAGAUGUUACGUCUCAGAGUUGGCUUAAUUAUACAGGUAAUGGCGACGGAGUUGUCACGAACAUUAUCGUGUGACGGUGAGGAGGCGUCCGAACAUUUGCUCAAUCUGUCGCCGUUUGAAAUGAAAAACUUGCUGUACCAUAUCCUCAGUGGAAAGGAGUUUGCUAUUAACAGUGUUAAUUCACUAUAUGUAAUAAGGGAAAAGAUCAGUAAAAGUAAAGUAGGGCGCGGCAACUUUUCAAUAAUCAGCAACAAAUCUAACAGAUAUGGGAAGAAAUCACAGAUUAUGUUAGAAGGACAAUCACUUCAAGGGACCAUUGACGAUACACCAAUAGUCGAACCUGACCGCCAGGGGCAAUGGCUCCGUCGGCGAAGGUUGGAUGGCGCCUUAAAUAGAGUUCCACGUGAUUUUUAUCCACGUGUAUGGGGAGUGUUAGAAAGGUGUCAAGGUUUAAUAAUCCAAGGCAAAGUUCUCCAGCCAAAUUUGACUCAAGAGAUGACUUCUGGAGAAUUAAAAUUUGCACUUGCAGUGGAAACAGUAUUAAAUUCGAUCCCGCAACCGGAGUACAGGCAACUAGUCGUAGAAGCAUUGAUGGUUCUGACCCUCGUGGUGGAAUAUAAAGCAGUCAGCCACCUUGGUGAAAUGAUCGGCGUCGAAAAUUUAGUGCACAAAGCUAACCAGAUAUUUUUGGAAGAUCAAAUGCGGUGUAACGGGGAUGCUACUCUGUGCUGUGCCAAGAAUCCAUCGGAGUCAACAGGCGGAGCGCUCGUGUGUGGCGGCGCGGCGGGCGUGUGCCAACAUUUAUACGACAGUGCGCCCAGUGGUAGCUAUGGCACCAUGACCUACCUAGCACGAGCUAUCGCCGCGCUGCUUACUGAACGUGUGCCUGAUGCCCCGCCCGUGCAGUGUGCCAUUUCGUAAUAUUUAUUCUCUCAGCAGCAGCUGCGGCACCAUGAUCUAUUUAACAUGUGCCAUCGCCGCACUAUUUGCGAAACGUGUUCCUAACGCCCCGCCUUUGCAGUGUGCCAUCUCAUAAUGUACACUUUCUCAGCGGUAUUAACGGCACUAUGAACUAUCUAACACGAAUCACGUCAUACUACUUGUUAAACGCUACACCCGUGCUGUGUCAUCUUGUAUUGUUUAUUUUCCCAGUGGCAUCCACGCCACUGUGAUGCGUCUGGCAUUCUAGGUUCCUAGAGCUUAUCAUAUGCCUUAUAAACAGAGGCGACAAAAUGCAUACGUGACGUGGACCCACGAUCUUGCAAUUUGAAGGUCCUCAUGUUCCAUGGACUUCUGUUUUUUCUUUUAUUAGAAUUUUACACUUAGAUUUUUUAAACCGUCUUUUAGCAUCACCAAAGGGCCUCGCUCAAAAUGUAUCUUUCUUGCAUCUAAUUUAGGUUUUACCCCACCACUGCUGGUGGGCAUCAGGCACGUGCCAUCUCGUAAUAUUUAUUCUCAACAAUUACGACACCAUAUCUAAUACGUUCCAUCACCGCGAUAUUUGUAGAACGUGUGCCCCACCCGUGGUAUUUUGUACUUAAAAUAAACCGAAAACGAUAUAGUACCGAAUUUUUACUAAACACCGAGUUAGUAGAAACUCGGUACUAUAUCGUUGUACAUGUAGAGGCUUAAUACUAAGCAGCACACAUUAUGAAUGUAUCUUAAACUACGAAUCCAUCUCUUCUAUAGUUAUGAAUUGGCGUGGUUCCCAAUUUGAUGUUUUAUAUAAUAUGAGCGUCUGUCUAUUCGUCCUUAUAUAUCAACAUUAUAAGUGUUUAUUAUUUAGUCAUAGGUCAGCAUUAUUUAAACUGAUUAGUAAAUAAUUCAUAUGCCGAAUCGUAUUAUGUCCUGAUUUGGUUGAUAUAAGUAUAUUAAUAUUUAUUCAAAUGAGUGAACAAUCCUUAAGCUGAUGUGUUCAGCGUGUGCGAUCGCCUAUGGCAAACGUGGCACGCAUAUUUACGAUAUGGUGGGGAUGGUCCAAUAAGUGCCUCACGUUCUGACUCAUACAUGUUAUUACAUAUAUAUAAACUUAGUGAUUUUUUAUCAAUAUUAUUUUAAGCGUCUUCAGGGCUAUGACUGCGUACUAUAAUACAUUUUUAUAAGUACCUACUUAAUACUUCUCAUUUUUAUUACCCAACUGUGCAACGCAAAAUAAGAUAUUGAAAAUAUUGUUAUAUAUAUUAUUGUUAAUAUUCAUUAAUUAAUAACAAAAUAAGUACUGACAAAGAUUAAAAUGUAACAGUUGUCGAUACCAAUACCGAUAUAAUAGAUACGAUCCAGAAAUUAGUAAUCUUGAAACUGUAUAACUUUCUAAAAUUAACAUAGACUGAAGUGUAAAAAUAUUUAAAUCGUUCAUACAAAAUGGAUCAAGUAUUCGCAUAGUUUGUAUGGUUUUAAUUUUCGUUGAUUCUAAAUUUUCUUUGUUAAAAGUUGUUUUUUAAAUACUAUUAAAGCCAUAAUAGAAUUUAAGAAAAAUGAUGAACAUUUAUACUAUAGUCUGUUACAAAAAAAGGUAAUUAGCUUUUAUUGAAAUUGUCAACAGAAAUUAUCCCUAAAUAAAUAAUAAUAAUAUCAGAUUGAAACAUUUAAUUAAUAGAUUUUAGAUUUGUACAACUAUUAGACAUUAGUUUUCAUUGAGGUCUUUUGAAACAUACUAAAAAUCAAUUAGUUUCCAGAAAAGUUCCGUUGUUAUAAUCCCAUUUUUCUAUAUUGCUAUAUUUUGGAUUACUGUACUCAAAAGACAUUAAAGAGUGAAACUUUUCAAUAUUAUGAUAAAAAAUAAUUGCAAUUUGAAAUAAAAAGAGAUAGAACGUUGUUUUAGUUGAUGUAUUAUUAAAUAUAUUAGAAUUUGAAGGAUUUAGUUUAGGCUAUAUGUUUUGUCACAAAGUUAUCAGAUUAUUACUAUUAAUACAAUUUAAUAAUAUUACAUAAUAAAAAAGUAUAUUUAAAUAAAAAAAAAAUAUUUCAUAACAAUUCUUUACAAAUAUCUCAAAAUAAUUAGAAGAAUGCACAAUUUCAUUAAAUAGGCUCUAUUUUCAGUUUUUAGUCUCUUGAUUGUACAUCUGAGAUAUUUUUAUAAUUAUUAAAACAAAAAUAUUGACAAUACAAUUGUUUCUCGAUUGAUAAUAAUUGAAAUUGCUGUUUGUCCAUCUUUUGGGAAGAAUUAAUUUUAUAUAUGUAUAUAUAAAUAAUAAUUUAAGACA